GCGCGCACACACACACACACACACGGACACACACACACACAUGCCUACCAACCACACAUCCCCAGUCCUUAUCUCCAUGUUGUCAUGGAAUCACAAGUGGCGUGGAACGACCGUGGCGGAGGAUCCUCGCGUGGUCCGGCGUGGAGAAGCGCGAGAUAAGGGUCGUCCCAAGUGGACCGGGGCUCCGUUGAAGAUUUUUCUAUAAGUGAGGGCCCUCUUUCGUUUCCCUGACCACCGCUCGAUCUUCAUCUGUCUCAACCUGGGGUAGCCGAGCGUAAUACGUAAGUCAACAUGGCCAUGAACCACGAGGACACCGCAGCAGAGCUGCAUGAGGCCAUGGAGUCGCGCAAGACCGGCGCGCACAAGGACCUGACCGGUGGCUACAUCGGUACUGGCGACGCCACGGGCGAGAAGGCUGGCUUCGACGCUGAGGCUGUGCCUACCCUCGACGGCGAGGAGCCCAGCGAGCAUGAGAAGCGCACGCUUCGUCGUGUUGGCGAGAACCUGCCCGCGUCCGCCUUCCUCAUCGCCAUUGUGGAGUUGACCGAGCGCUUCACCUACUACGGUGCUCAGGGUCUCUUCCAGAACUACAUCAACAACAGCCGCAAUGGCGCAGACGGCGCCAAGGGUCUGGGUCUGGGACAUCAGGCCGCCACUGGCCUCAACCUGGCCUUCCAAUGGCUCUGCUAUAUCACGCCCAUCCUCGGUGCCAUUGUCGCUGAUCAGUAUCUUGGAAAGUACAAGACCAUCAUCCUCUUUGCCGGUGUCUACUGGCUCGGUCUCAUCAUCCUGUGGACCACCUCUCUGCCAUCCGCCCUCGACGCGGGCGCCGGUCUUCCUGGAUAUGUCGUGGCCAUCUUCAUCAUUGGCUUUGGCACAGGUGGCAUCAAGUCCAACAUUGCCCCUCUGAUUGCGGACCAGUACCAGCGUCGCGUCAUGGCCAUCAAGACAGAGAAGUCGGGCGAGCGUGUGGUCAUCGACCCAGCCAUCACCUACCAGAGAAUCUACAUGAUCUUCUACUGGUGCAUCAACCUCGGAGCGCUCUCCCUCUUGGCCACGCCCUUUAUGGAGAAGUAUGAGGGCUUCUGGACCGCCUAUCUCAUGUGCUUCUGCAUGUUCAACAUCGGCAUUGCCAUCCUCAUUCUUCGACGCAAGAGCUACGUCAACCGUCCGCCUCAGGGCUCGGUCAUUACCGACUCCUUCAAGGCCAUCGGCAUGAUGAUCAUGGCCCGCGACACCAAUGCCGCCAAGCCCUCCUGGCGCGAGGCCCACGGCAAGACACAGGCUGUCCCCUGGAAUGAUCACUUUAUCGACGAGCUCAAGCGUGCCCUGCGUGCCUGCAAGGUUUUCGUCUUCUACCCCAUCUUCUGGGUAUGCUACGGCCAGUUUUCGACGAAUUUCGUCACCCAAGCUGGUCAAAUGGAAGGCCACGGCAUGCCUAACGACCUUAUGCAAAACUUCGGUCAUAUAAGCAUUCUCGUAUUCACGCCCAUCCUCGACAGGCUUGUCUACCCCUUGUUGCGCCGCUGCGGCAUCGAGCUGCGCCCUAUCGCCCGCAUCACCAUCGGUUUCUGGCUGGCCGCCCUCUGCCUGGCCUACGCCGCCAUUGUCCAGCACCUCAUCUACUCGGCCGGCCCGUGCUACGAACAUCCUGGCGCCUGCCCGGCGGGUAUGGACGGCCAGACGCCACUGCCCAACCACGUCCACAUUGCGGUUCAGACACCAGCCUACGUGUUCAUCGGUCUCGCCGAGAUUUUCAUCUCUGUCACCGGUCUGGAGUACGCCUACACCAAGGCGCCCCCCAACCUCAAGUCCCUGGUCUCGGCCUUGUACCUGACGACCAACGCCUUUGGCUCUGCCAUCUCGGAGGCCCUCGUGUCCGUCGCCGUGGACCCCAAGUUCAUCUGGAUGUACACUGGUGUGGGCGUGGGCUCGGCCGUCAUAGGAUGCAUCUUCUACGCCCUCUUUAGGCACUACGACGCCCAGGAGGAGCAGAUGGCCGAUCUUGACCGUGACCUGGCUCCUCUCACGCAUGAUGGCCCUGUCAACAAGGAGGUGCAGACAUAGGUCACUUGUCUGACACACGCGGAAUGUAGGCCUUGGGCCGAUACAACCGGCACCUGCUCGACAUAUCGUAUAUCUAAGUACAUAAUUCAAGCAAGCUGUACUCAAA